GUGAAAGGACUUAGUUACGUAGUAGAGUGAGUAUUACUUCAGUUUAAUGAGCGAGUACACACAUGUAAAAGCGUGUAUAACUGUGCAGUGUCAUAAAGAAGAUCCAGUUAGCUAAUUACAGGCAUAUGGUAUUUUUGCACGAGAAUUCAUUUAUGGGAACUUCGCAGGAAAACGCUGAAUGCACGAAGUUAAUUUGUGGUGGAGUAUUUGUUGCUUUGUAGCAUUCCUAGUUUGAUUUGCAGUAAAUUGGAUGUAUAUGAUGUGACCACAGUUUUCUGGUGUCAAAGUCUUAUUUUUGCACACAGCCAGACUGUGCGUCUGUAACGAAUCUACUAUCUAAUCUACUGAACGCGUUGCUGUGUAGCGUGUCCUUUCCCGCGCACCAUCGCUAGCCAAAAUAGAAAAAUGGCUUCAGCUGAUUCCCAGCCGCGGUUCGGCCAGUCUGUCAAAGGCUUGUUAUCCGAUAAAGUGGGCUCCUGCAGCGGGGAUGUUAUCGCGUUGACACGUCAAGUGCUAAAAGGAUCCCGCAGUCAGGAGCUUCUCGGUCAAGCAGCAAGAAGCAUGGUGAUUCAGGAGGAUGCUAUCCUGCACUCUGAGGAUAGCCUGAGAAAAAUGUCCAUUAUCACCACACAUUUGCAAUACCAGCAGGAGGCCAUUCAGAAGAAUGUGGAGCACUCGAAAAACCUGCAGGACCAGCUGAGACACCUGUUGAAGUAACGGAGAGGCUUGAUGCUGAGCUGGAAAGGACAUGUCUUCUGGGGACUGCUGUGUUUAAACUGUCUGCAGACAGCAUCACAGUGCACUGUUGGACUUUUAGUUCAAAUGAAAUAACAUUUGAAGGGAGGUGCGUCUCUGCAUCAGUGAAACACUGUGGGAUACUUUUUGACCAACAUAAAAUGUUGUGUUCAUUAAAGUUACUGUCACCCUGGCUUCACAUCCUGUGAGUCACAUCAAACAGCACACAUGUUUCUGUCAUACUGGACUAUAUGUACAUCUGUGGGAGGAGUGUAUGACAAUAACAUCAAGGUAAAAAAAUCAAAGACCUUAAUAAAAGUGAAAGUACUAAAUAA